CCCCAAGUUUCAGAGGUAUAGGACUUAGGAUAGGGAUCAAUCCAAGCAUCCAACAACCCUCAAUAAUCUCAUCACCAUCUAUAGUAAGGUGGUGAAUUUAGGAUCAGAGAGAGAGAGAGAGAGGGUAAAAAAUGUCAGAAUUACAGUUGCCUCCAGGAUUCCGAUUUCACCCUACCGAUGAAGAGCUCGUCAUGCACUAUCUCUGCCGCAAAUGUGCCUCGCAGUCCAUCUCCGUCCCUAUCAUCGCUGAGAUCGAUCUCUAUAAAUACGAUCCCUGGGAGCUUCCCGGUUUAGCCUUGUAUGGUGAGAAGGAAUGGUAUUUCUUUUCUCCCAGAGACAGAAAAUAUCCCAACGGUUCGCGUCCUAACCGGUCUGCUGGGUCAGGUUACUGGAAAGCGACUGGAGCUGAUAAACCGAUCGGAGUUCCUAAACCGGUCGGGAUUAAGAAAGCUCUGGUUUUCUACGCCGGCAAAGCUCCAAAGGGAGAGAAAACCAAUUGGAUUAUGCACGAGUACCGUCUCGCCGACGUUGACCGGUCGGUUCGCAAGAAGAAGAACAGUCUCAGGCUGGAUGACUGGGUUCUUUGCCGGAUUUACAACAAAAAAGGAGCUCUCGAGAGGCGAGGACCACCUCCUCCAGAGGUUCACGGCGGCGGAGUCACAGACGAAGCCGUGGAGGAGAAGCCGAGGUUGACGGAGAUGGGCAUGCCUCCGCCGCCGCAGCAGACGGCAAAUGAAUUCGUGUAUUUUGACACGUCGGAUUCGGUGCCGAAGCUGCAUACGACGGAGUCGAGUUGCUCGGAGCAUGUGGUGUCGCCGGAGUUCACGAGCGAGGUGCAGAGCGAGCCCAAGUGGAAGGAUUGGUCGGCUGCGACUAAUGGCAAUAAUACCCUUGAUUUUGGGUAUAACUACAUGGAUGCCACCGUGGAUAACGCGUUUGGAGGAGGGAGUAAUCAGAUGUUUCCGCUACAGGAUAUGUUCAUGUACAUGCAGAAGCCGUAUUAGCUAGGAUCGCCGAACGCAAACGCAAAACGCAAACGCUUGUUUGUGCGUUUAUGGUAACACGAGACCCGCUUAUGGUCAAUGAGUGUGCCUAUUCGGCGGAGCCGCUUUUCCCUAUAUAUGUUGUUACUUUGUUAUAUGUUAUUCCAGUGUUGGUUUAUUUUUAAAAAUCGUCGUCAGAGAUGCGGGUAACCUCUACUCGGACGGUGGUCCAUGUGUCAGUGUAGUAUUACUGUUAGGUAGUAGACUUUUGUUUCCGCUUUUAAGCAUGCUAAGAAUAUUUUUUAUUUCUGCCGUGAUCAAUGUAGUAUUUCUUUUUUCUUUUUGCUCAUGAUCACCAAUCACUUGGCGAACAUUUUUUUUAAUAAGAUUGUAGUUUGU